AAAAAAGCAUAGUAUUUGAAGAUCCCUUAAGAAAGUAACUACUAUUUGGCUGCUAAGAGGGGUGCUAACGCACCAGGUCCAUACCUAGGAUGUUUUUUUCUCUGUUUUGUAAAGCGUCAAAGUCUAGUCCCCCACCCUUCCCUGGGACUAUGGGGGUUGGGGGGUUUAAUUAACUAGUGCAUAAUGAUAGAACAUUAUUUGUAUGUGCAUCAAUUGAUUUCAAAACAGCUACGAUUUGGUCUAAAAAACAUAAGAAGUUUCUGAGUAAAGUCUAGAGAGCUUAUUUUAGGUUAGUUUUAGAGUUCCAAAGUCUCCAAGGAGUAGGGGGGGGGGACUCAUAAGUCAUAACGUCUGUUGUGGGCUUCCUGUGAUAUCCCUGUCAUGCAUUUGGAUUUUUCUGACUAAUAUAACAUGGUCUAAAGUUUUAUUUUUCACGAUUAAGUAUUUUUUUCGCUAACAUAUAAAUCCCUCCAUACAUUCCACUGACAGUAGCCUUGGGCUUCCUGUGGUUGCAAGCGUGUUGUGUUGUAGAUCUAUUCUUUGAUCCACAUUGGAAAGACUGAUGUAAAAAAGGGUUUAUUUGUAAUCAAGCUAAAAGCGGCUUCUAUCGGCAAAAUCGAAAUAAAGGAAGACUCAAACGAAUAUUACAUGGUCUAAAAUUUUAUUUUUCACGAUUAAGUAUUUUUUUCGCUAACAAAAAUUCCCCCAUACAUUCCACUGACAGUAGCUUCGGGCUUCCUGUGGUUGCACGCGUGCUAAAAAGCGGCUUAAGUUAAUGACAUGAAAUUCACAAUAAAGAAGUGUGAAAAAUAACACUCUUCUCACUCGAUUGAGUGCAAGGAACAAAUGGAUUAACGGAGAAAGUACACUGUGCUGGAGGAUCUGGAGGAAUUUUGAUGGACAGUCAACAGAAACACGUCACCGUUUAUGAUGUGUCAUUACGAUGAAAAUACGGAACUAGAAUUAGAACCCCAAGAAGAUGCAGGCCGCCCAGGUGACAACCUGUCAAAUCUUCGAAGUAGAUUAGAGGAUUUGGCGCUUUCUAGACCCCCUAAUUCUGAUGAGGACCAUGGUGAUGGCUUGACGCUUCCACCGUCACCCCCUGUCGAUGAUUUUAAUUUGGAUGAAGAGCAUAGUUGCGAGGCCACCACAACAUCUUCUGAUGAGUUUGGGUCUUCAAACCGUCCAUUUCCUGCCCGAUCUGUGAGUGUUCCACCCCAAGGACAUCGGACAGGAGAUAACAUAGAUAGUGCCUCUGCUAAGUCAGAGCCUUGGGGAGGUAGGACAUUUCAAGACAGGCUGAGUUCUGCCAGCUCUGUUCUUCCUUCUGAGCUGAAUAAUGAGGAACGUCAGAUUUUAAUACCCCCGCUAGAUGGAAAAGGACAGUUCGGCAGAUGGCCAAUGGAGAGGUUACCAGUCAGUGAUUCAGGUCAAUUUCUAGAAGGUGACCAGUGGUGGUCUACUGGUGUACAUCUUGGUGAAGGUGCCUCUGGCCAGUGUUUUACUGCAAGUUUGAUAACUGAAAGCAUAAAAAAGACAGCAACAGAAACCAUCUCUCAAAAUGAAGAAGAGAAAGAUCAAGCUGUAUCCUUGGAUAAAGAGACAGAUGUAUUCUGUGUGAAAAAGUGCGAAUACUGCCAAGUUGAAGUCAACAUACUCUUGGAAGCCUCAAGAAAGAAUAUUUUGCAAAUUGUCACAUUCUAUGGGGCAGCAAUUUACAAAAGAGAUGUCUGCAUUUUUAUGGAGUUGAUGUUUGGUUCAGUCGCUCUCCUUUAUAAGGAAGUAUUUGAAGGUCCACUGCCUGAAGCUCUUUAUAUUCCUUUCACAACAGACAUUCUUAAAGCCGUAAAAUUCAUGCAUGAAAAUGGUUUCAUCCAUAAUGAUAUCAAAGGGGCAAAUGUAUUAGUAGAUGACGAAGGGAGAACUGCAAAAUUGACUGAUUUUGGCAGUGCUAGCAGUUCAGAAAAUAAGAACUCCUCAUUCAAAGAUGACAUUUGGUUGCUUGGAUGUUUUAUUCUUGAGAUGAUGAAUGCUAAGCGCCCUUGUUGUGCAAUGCUCAAGUCAGGACGACAACAAGAUUUUACAAAAAAUAUACCUAAGGCUAAAAAUAAAAUCACACCUGUGUUGGAAAGGUGGUGCAAACUGACAAGUGCAGUAGAGAUUUUGCAAUUGGACAUUUUUAAAUAAGAUAAGUAUUAAUCAUACCUGUCAACUCUCCUGUAUUAGGGAGUUUCAAGAUUAUAGAGAUUUAUAUUGUGCGCAAGAGCUUUCUGAAUUGCAAACGUCUGCUGAUUGACUCAAUGAUAGCAGGAAAGCCACUUGAAGCUGCUGUAGCUUGCAAGCCCCCUUUUGAGGGUAUACCCACCCCUCCCCCCAAACAUAUACCCCAUCCCUCUCCCCAAAAUAAUUCUCAAGCCUUGAGAUUUUCUGGGUUUGACAGGUAUGAUUAAUGUAUGGGAGUGUUAUGACUGUACUGUUUGUAUAUUUUUUUUAUAGAUGCUGUAGCUAGGGGAUUUUUCUAUUUUUCUAAAAGAAAAGACUGGGAUGGCUGCUAAGCAAAAAAAUAAUGGUAAAUUGUUUCUUUUGUUUCAAUGUCUGUCUGUUACAAUGUCUAUCUGUCAAAAAGAUCAUGAUAAUAAACUAAAUUUAAGACCAACAUAAAGGCUGCAUUUUAGGUUAAUCUAUAAUCAGUCACAAAUUAGGACAUGAAGAUGACAAAAACAUUAGUAGUUACAGUAACUUACCAAGAAAACACACAACUGCACUAUUCCAGCAGAGAAUGAAGUACUUUAUUCUCUAAAACAAGUCAACAAGUAUAUACAAUGCUCUAAAUACAUACCAGGGACAAUACAUAGAAUCAUCUAUCUUGUGGAACACAAAAAGGAUUUGAAAGAUUUACACACUUAUCUAAGAAGGAGAUCAUAAAAGUCUUUCUAUCUAACAGCUGUAGAUUGCAAUUCUAUAAUCUCAAGCUUAGGUAUGUCUACAAAAA